AUGACAUUCAGUAACCUUUGGGCUGUGGUGCGCGCUGGCGCUGGUCUUGGUGGCCGCCUGCUCGGCCUUCCGCAGGAGGACAGACGCCGCCUCCUCUUCAGCAUCCGCAACCGACCCAACAUUCUCAGUCGCCGCAACUCGAGGACGUCCACGACCGAAUCCCCCGAAGAACCGACGACCACGACCCCAGCCCCCGCUGCCGCCGAAGCCGCCUCCGAUGCCCCCUCCCACUCCACCAGGCGGCUGCCGCCUUUGCGCCGCCCGGGCAUUCGCUUCGGCCUCCGCCCCGGCUCGUCGCUCAAGAACAAGCUAGAGCAGCAGCGAGCGGAGAAGGAGGAGGAGCAGAGCGAGCCUGUCGUCGUAUCGCAGCCCCAGCCUGGACAGGAGUUCGCAUCGGAGGCUGAGGCGAGCGCCUCGGCGACGUCCCCGGUGGCCAGUGGCGAGAGCGCGAGGCCCGAGCCCGAGGUCCUGACCAAGCCCGUCCCCGGCCAGGAAUUCGUGGCCUUCCAGGCAUCUCAGCCCUCGGCGCAGGACUCCGUCGUUGCAGGAGAUGGCGGCGAAAUCCUGUACGUCAGUCUGGACAGCGCCCCAGAGGUAGCGGCCCCUGCAAUCACCGAGGAGCACCUGGAGCAGGACGUCCAUGCUGCCCAGGAAAACGGAACGGACGGCUUCGACUCCUUCCUGCUGACACCCGAUGAACUCCUUCCCGUCAUUGGCGACCUCGAGCCCGUGACCGACUACCCCGACUACGACUACAGGUCCUUGCCGUCAACCCCCGCGCCCACCAAGAACGUCACAGCCUUGGAGCCUGAAGUCGAGACUCUAAUUUCGGUCGUGACGAGUCUCCCCACCAAGGUCGAGGGCGAGAGCACGCACGUGGAGCACCACACCGAGUUCGAGCAGAGCGAAGCGGGAGCAGAGAACUACACCCUCAGCCACGACGCCUUCGCCGAGCAGUUCUUGCCAAACAUUCCCCAAGCUGAGGUCCCUUCGGAAGACUUCCCUGCUGCGGCGGCGAAGUCUAUUCAAGAGGAUGAAUUUUUGUAUGAUGCCGAGCCAGCCACAGAACCCGUGCCCGUGGAAGAGCCUGUACCUGAGGAGGUCGAGGCUCCUGCUACCGAAGUCGUCCCCGGUGUGGAGCCCGAGCCUGCUGCAGAACCGUCGCCAGUUGAUGAGCACCUUUACCAUGACCAGGAGGCCGCCCUGGAGCCUGAACCUGUCCCUGAAAGCGAGCCUGAGCCAGCAGCAGCUGAGUAUGAGGGCGUCGCCACAGAAAUUCCUGUCGAGACCACCGACUCACCUGUCUUUGCUGAAGAACCCGCUAAUGAGACCAACAUUGAGAUCCUGAGCACGAAGAACCAGCAGAACCCUCCUGUCAACGACCUCUACGGCAAGUACUUCGACGAGAGCGACCUCGACUUCGGCAAGGGAGCCAACGACAACGACAAGCUCCUCUUCCCCGCCGAGACAGAGCAGAAGGUCCGUAGCAAGAUCGAGAUUAAGGAAGUCAAUGGGCAGCUCUAUGAAUACGAGUACCUUUACUACUAUGACGACGAGUAUCCCCUCUACGACUAUGAGUAUUCAUCUCCCGUUGAUGUAGAACCCGCAGACGCUGAUGCCCCUGCCACGUCGUCUACCUCUACCUCAACCACGACGAGCAGCACCACAACCACAACCACCACAACACCACCUCCUACCACAACUACUACUACGACCACCACCACUACCACAGAACGGCCCUCACGCGGAAACACACGGCUGAGCAGCAGAACCAACAGCCGAAGCAGCAGCAGGGAAAGCUCCCGAACUAGCAUCAGGGAUAACAUCAGAGAAAGCAGCAGGGACAGCACCAGGGAGAGCGCAAGAGACAGCAACAGCAGAGGCAGCAGCAGGACCAGCACCAGGACCAGCAACAGGGGAAGCAGCCGGCAACAAGUAGCGGAUUCCCAGGAGGCGAACUUCAUCGAGCCAGUCAGGUCCUCCGGCCGCUCCCGAGCCAUCGACUCCGGCUCCUCCUCCAGGUCCUCUUCUCUCCGAGGCAGAAGCAGCUUCCGGUCGCGCGAGCAGGACGUGAACAGCAUCGACAACGGCGUCCAGUCGGUCACCGUAGAAGAGGACAAGCUCCCCGCCCAUACCCGCUUCCCUCCCCGCACGCCCGUCACCACAACACCGACCGUGCCCGAACGAGAGCCACUCUUCCAGGAAUCCUCGCGCCUCGGCAUCGAUGAGCACAAGCAGGUUCCUCUCGUGCCCGAAGUCACAGGACUCCAGAGCUCCCACGAACUCCAGACGUCCCGCGGCGCCAGGGUGUUCGACGCAGAAGUGCCCGAAGUGGAGGCCGAAGUGGCGGACACGAUCUAUGACGAGAUCACCACCGAGGAGGUUCCCACGACCACUUUCUCCCCCUCUGCUCUGUCUCUCGUAAACCUCUACGCCUUCUCUCGCGCUGCCGACGCUGAAGACAUGGGUGAAGUCACCACUGAGAUCCCACAGUCGCCAGACUACGAGACUGAGAUUCCAAUCGAUUACUACUACUACGACUACGAGAGUGGAGCCGCCACCGACUACCCCGCCUUGACCGAGCCAGAACCCAGCACUGAGGAACCAACCACUACCUCGACCACGACCACUACUACCACCACUACCACCACCACAACUACAACACCUGAGCCUACCACAACCACCACCGCCAGGACACGUGGCUUCUCCAGGACUAACGUUGGAUCGCGUUUCAGCAGCCGCGUCCGAGGCAGCCGAUUCCAGCCUUCCAGCACCACCACCACAACCGAGGCUCCCGCCGAAGAGUCCACGCAGACCAGGUCCAGGUUUGGCGGCUCUCGGUUCAGCAGCAACAGGAACCGCUUCAGCUCCAACCGUUUCAGCACCAACCGCUUCAAGUCCCAGUCGUCCACAGACAAACCCGCCGAGGAGGAGGGGGAGGAGGCUGCAUCUGAGGCCUCUGUGGACAGCACGACUGAAAGGAGUGGAGGCUUCAGGAACAGAUUCAACAAGCCCAGAGUCAGUUCCUUCAGGAACCGUGGAGUCACAAAGAAGGACAACGAAGUAACAGAACCCACCACUGAAAGAACGGCGACCCGUGCCAGGCCGAGACUGCCAUCCAGGGCAGGUCUCCUUGGCAGCCGAUUCCGCGGGCGUGGAACCACCGCAGCUGCUGCAGCCACCACAGAGCCAACUGAGGACGUCGAGGCCCCUGUAGAAGAGACCGUUGUGGCCGACGUAGAAGCCGAAGCCGAGAGCAGCACAGACACUUUGGAAUCGGUGAUUUCUACCACCGCAGCCCCAGCCCCUGCCAGAGGCAACACCAGGAGACGCCCCAGCAUCAGCAGACACCGCUUUGGAGGUCGUAGGAAGCCUGAAGCUGAAGCAAAGAAAGAGGCUGAGGAAGUACCGGCCGAGGGCGAAGCUCCUGCUGAAGAGGCUGCAGUGGAGGCUGAGGCCCCUCAGGCUGCCCAAGCCCCCAGGCUCCUCAGGGCCGUCCUG